AUGGUCGGCAAGGACUGCGUCGCGAUUGCCUGUGAUCUCCGAUUGGGUAUGCAAGCCUUGACCGUCUCGAACAAUUUCCCCAAGAUCUUCAACUACGGCCCCUCGACGUUCCUCGGAUUGACCGGUCUGGCCACCGACGUGUCCACCGUUUCGGACCUCCUCCGCUACAAGGUCAACAUGUACCGACUCCGCGAGGAGCGGAACAUCGCUCCCCAGACUCUGGCCAACCUAGUCAGCUCGUCGCUCUACGAGAGACGGUUCGGACCCUUCUUCGUCAGCCCCGUCGUGGCGGGCAUCAACUACACAACAGGGAAGCCUUUCAUCUGCGGUUUCGAUAGUAUCGGGUGUAUCGACUUUGCAAAGGAUUUCAUCGUGAGCGGGACGGCUAGCGAGCAGCUGUUUGGUACCUGUGAGAGUCUGUAUGAGCAGGAUCUGUCUCCCGAGGAUCUGUUCGAAACCAUCUCCCAGGCUAUGCUCAGUGCUGUCGACCGAGAUGCUCUUUCUGGCUGGGGUGCCCAAGUGUACAUCAUAGAGAAAGACAAGGUGACCAAGCGGCUACUGAAGGGUAGACAGGACUAG